AAUUGUUAAAAAAAAAGAGAGAAAUGGAGCAUGAGAGUUUUACUCAUAUGUUUCAUGAGCACCCGCUGAGUCUGAUCCCCUACUCGUCCCAAAAUAGGUUUUACGAAUAUUGGUGUUAUGGUUGCUGGAGAAACAUUUUACCUGGAGAUGCAACUUACGGAUGCAGCCGUGGGUGUGGAUCCCUUACGUUGUUCCACAAAGAAUGCAUGGAAAUGCCUCGAGAGAUUGUGCACCCUAUCCAUCCUUCACACCCUCUUACACUCCAUGAUUCACGUUAUGGAUUACAAAUGUGUGCAGUUUGUGAAGGGUAUGUGUAUGGGUUAGGCUACAGAUGUAGCCAAGGGGGCUGUGAUGGAUUGUGCAUCCACAUGGGAUGUGCUGAUGAUGUGCUUAAUGAUAAGAAAGAAAAGGAGCCAAUAAUGAAGCACCCAAGCCACCCUCAUGAGUUACGUUUUUCAAAGAAGACGAGGUGGUGUCCAUUCCCCUGCGAUGCAUGCGGUGCCACUGAGAAAGGGGACUCCUACACCUGCAUUGUAUGUGACUAUUGCAUACACGAGAGCUGCGCACUCCUCCCACUGUCUAAGGACUUCCCUCAUCAUCAGCACGCUCUUUCCCUCGCCUUUUCUCCUCCACGUGAGUACAUCCAAUAUGAAUUUGAUUGUGGGAUAUGCAGCACAACUUUGCCAUUGAGACGUUGGGUCUAUCAUUGCCCCCUUUGCAGAUAUGUCGUCCAUCUCAAUUGCGCCACCUCCACAUUAGUUGAUAAUGACAAUGGAGAUGCAAAUGCAAUUGAUGGUGAUGAGAAAGAGGCUACCAAGUUUCCAAUAGCAGUAGAAGACAUGUACGAGGAGAUGAUCAGACCCUUCGUUAAGCGACAAAAAGAGCAAAUUCUCAUCCGUCAUAAUGAUUGUGACAAUCACAACAUCAGUGGCAAGUAUAGCUUCUCCAAUCAUCCUCAUCAUCUACUAACUUUUACUACAUUUUCUUCAGCUUCUUCGUCUUCAUCAUCAUCGCAUGAUCACUACAAAAGAGAUGAAGACGGUUUUGAAAAUAUUCCAAGAUGGGAAUUAAUAUGUGAUGGGUGCAUGCUGCCUAUACAUGAAAAGAAGCAAACAAAUGAUGGUGAUGGGUAUGAGACUGGUUACAUGAGUUGUGACGAGUGCAAAUACUUUCUCCAUUUGUCCUGUUUCAACUUACCACUUGAGAUCCCCUCUCUUCCUAUUCACCCUCUCAAAGAUCACAGCCUAAUGCUUCGAAGUGCUGGCAAGCUAACACAUUGGAUACAAUGUGGUGUUUGUGAUAAUUGUUCUACAAAUGGGCUCUAUUACUCUUGUACCUACGAAGACUGCGGGUUCAACAUAGACAUCAAGUGUGCUUCUCUACCCAACAUCAUCAAACACGCAGCUCAUCCACGACAUAAUUAUCUCAAACUAGUCACGAAAGUGAAUAUUUACGAAUUUGUUUUCUGUGUUAACUGUCAUAGGAAUAAAUUCUCACGAAAGGCACACUUCAAAUGCAAUAGUUGUAGAAUUAGUGUGUGUGGUGACUGUGUGAUGCUACCUGCAAAAAAUAAUCAUAGAUUGGAGAAUCACUUGUUGUCAUUGACAUAUGAUACUUGUGUUAACCGUCCCGGUGAGUUCUACUGCAGCAGCUGCGAACGCCACAUGGACCCCAGAAGCUGGAUGUAUCAUUGCCGAGACUGCGAUCAAUCCUUUCAUCCUGAUUGCUUUCCUGCUACGUCAGGUUGGUACAGAAACAUCAAAUUUGGGACAGAGCAUGUGAUUUCCAGUAUUCAUGAUCACCCUCUUAGAUUUCAAAUCAUAACCAACAAAAAGAGAUGUGAUCAAUGUCAUGAAGAUAGUUAUGAUAAGCCCGGAUUUCAAUGUGGGUCAUGCUUCUUUGUCAUGUGCAAAUACUGCGGUCUAAAACACAUGGCUGAUGUCAAUGCCGAUGAGGCCAUAUGAUUGCGUGCAUAUAUAGAUUAUUGUGUUUAUGUUAUGUGCUAAAUGUGUGUUGUUCU